CCGGAGGUGAAGCCUAAUUGGAUUGAGCUGUACAGUACAUCAGCAGCAGGGAUAGCACAUAGCAGCAUCAUCUCCCAUCGUCCCAUACAAGAAGAAUCAGUGUCAGUGAUCAUAGCAAGUUCACAUGAGGAUGACUAAAACAACGUGCAGAAAUGACACUCGUCAACAUAUCCAGACAGUCCUUUGACAGUGUUAUGGAUGGGGAUGACAGCAGCCACAUACACACAAAUGUAUUUGAGUGGGCUUUGGAAGGAAACACAGAUGCUCUGGAGAAGCACGCCAAGUACCUUGACAUACGUGACCCUAGCGGUGCCAGCCCACUACACUAUGCUGCAUCCAGGGGACAUUUUUGCGCCAUCAAACUUAUUGUGCAGAUCACCGGACAACAAGGUGAUGACAGUUUUGAUAUUUGUUGCUGUCAUCUAGAUCUGCUAAGAAAGAAAAGUAAUGCAGAAUGUGAAUCAGAGAUGAAUAUCAGGGAUGAGGACGGCAAUACACCAUUGCAUUGGGCUGUACAGAGGGACCAGGCACGGAGCUGCGCUGUGUUGCUGAACCUGGGAGCCGAUCCGAACAUCCUCAAUAACAGCCACCAGUCACCACUACAUCUAGCUGUCAGCCUAGGCAAUAAUGCCCUGGUAGAACAACUUGUCCUGCAUAAACAAACUGAUGUGAACCUGGAAGGGGACCUGGGAAACACGCCUCUUAUAUUAGCUGCUUGUUUGAAUAACCAUGUGGCUCUAGGCAUUUUGUACACACAUGGUGCAAAACUGUGUCGUCAAAACAAACUCGGGCAUUUCCCUAUUCAUUCUGCUGCGUUUUUUGGAGCUAAGAAAUCAGUGGAGGUAAUUCUUCAGAAAGGGGAAGAAGCUGGUAUUUCCAUCGAUGCCCAUAUAAACUACGUGGAUAAAUCCUGCAGUAGUCCACUCCACCUGGCUGUACGUGGAGGAAAUCUUGAAAUAAUUAAACUCUGCAUUGCAUACGGAGCAAAGAUUGAUCAGCAGCAGUGUGAUAGGUCAACCGCUCUCCAUUUUGCAUGCAGUCAGGGUGCCAUUGAGGCUGUAAGAGUCAUGCUGUCGGCUUACAGUAAAGUGGGUGAACUUAUAAACAUCACUGAUGGAGCCCACCAGACACCUCUACACAAAGCGGCAAUUUUUGAUCAUUUUGAACUCUCCGAGUACCUCAUUUCACAGGGUGCUGAUAUUGACUUUGUUGACUGCAAAGGCCAUUCACCCCUCCUACUGGCAACAAGUUGUGGAGCAUGGAGAACUGUUAAUCUGCUCAUAUCGCAUGGGGCUGAUCUGAAGAAGAAAGAUAAAUCUGGAUGCAAUUUUUUGCAUCUCGCAAUUUUGCAACCCAGGGGUCUGAAAAACCUGCCCACAGAGGUACUGCAGCAUGAGAGUGUAAGAGAGCUCUUGAAUGAUGAGGAUAUGGAGGGCUGUACUCCUCUUCAUUAUGCCUGUAGACUGGGAAUACCGGAGAGUGUGAAGAAUAUCUUGGGAUUAGAGGUCUCACUGGAUCAAAAGUGCAAACAAAAGAAAUCUGCACUUCAUUUUGCAGCUGAAUAUGGAAGGAUCAACACAUGCCACAGGCUUCUGGAGAUGAUGACAGACACCAGACUGUUGAAUGAAGGGGAUGAGAACGGACUGACCCCGCUGCACCUGGCGUCUCGUGGCGGUCACGUUAAAGUUGUCGAACUUCUUCUCCGCAAGGGGGCGUUGUUUCACAGUGAUUACAGAGGAUGGUCGUGUCUGCAUCAUGCUGCAUCUGAAGGAUACACACAGACCAUGGACACUUUGCUGGCAUCUAACAUUAAACUUCUGGACAAAACUGAUGGAGAUGGGAACACAGCUUUACAUCUGGCAGCCAGGGCAGGACAUGUGGCUGCAGUAAGACUGCUGUUAUACAGAGGAGCCAAGAUUAUCCUGAACAAGAGUGACGCUUCUUUCCUUCACGAGGCUGUACAUCAUGGGAGGACGGAGGUUACUGAUGCUGUGAUCGAGAGUGAUAGGUGUGAGGAGGCUAUGACAACAUAUAAACCAAAUUCAGGAAAACGCUGCAUCGUUAUGGACUUGAUUGAGUUUCUUCCAGAAUCCUUUAAACAUCUUCUAGACACAUGCAUAAUGGAGGCAGAGGAAGAUGUAAACUCCUGCAAUUACUUUAUUGAAUACAAUUUCAGGUGGCUUCAGCAUCCACUGCAAAAGUCUAAAAAGGAAAGUGGGACAAGAGACGGCACCUACAAACCUCUCAAUGCACUAAACGCUAUGGUUCAUUUUAAUCGUGUCAGCUUGCUGACCCAUCCAGUCUGCAAGAAAUAUUUAGAGAUGAAAUGGAAUGCUUAUGGCAUCAAGGCACAUCUCCUUAAUAUGACUGUGUACGCACUCGGGGUGUUUCCCUUAACAUACCUCAUCGUGAGCUUGAGGCCCACACUAAACACCGCACACAAUGUGACAUCAGUCAACAUGGUCUGCACAUCCCUGCACAAGCAAUCCUAUUUUACAACAACAAGCAUGUUCCUCAUUCUCGCUAUGAAUUUGUAUGCAGUUGGAAAGGAGAUCCUGCAAAUGGUUCAUCAGCGAGUGAAUUAUUUGCGAGACUCAUCUAACUACAUGGACUGGGCCGCCGCCAUCUCCGCCCUGCUGUUUGUGGUGCCGCUUCUGCUGAACACAAAGGGCUCCUGGCACUGGCAGGCUGGGGCGCUGGCCGCUCUGGCCUCCUGGAUUAAUCUCCUCCUUUAUCUCCAGCGGUUUGAACGAAUUGGUAUAUACGUGGUAAUGUUUCGAGAGAUCUCCAGCACACUGCUAAGCAUUAUCGUGCUGUUUUUCUACUUGAUAUUGGCAUUUGCUUUGUCCUUCUAUGCCUUGAUGAUCGAACAGCGACACUUCAGUAGGAUGUUCCUUUCGCUGAUGCAGACCUUUGUCAUGAUGGUAGGAGAAAUCAACUACCAGGACAAUUUCCUGAAACCCUUCCUGCAGGGAACUCUUCCAUUCCCGAACUUGACGCUGGCAAUGUUUGUUUGGUUCGUCUUACUUGUACCCAUUCUUCUCAUGAACCUACUGAUUGGUUUGGCUGUCGGUGACAUCGCGGAGGUUCAGACAAAUGCUUGCUUGAAGCGUAUUGCAAUGCAGGUACCUAUUAUUUUUUCUCCUAAGGCGUACAAAGUUCCUCUCUCAGAAACAGCAUUGCUCCACAAGCACUCAUACUUAACUCCACAGAUUGAACUUCACACUAAUCUGGAGGAGAGGCUUCCCUACUGGUUUAUGAAGAGGGUGGACCAGAUCUCUGUUAAGGAAUUCCCAAACAGAUGCUUCAGAGGAAAGAAAAAGUGGUUUUUCUUUGGGAAUAAAGUGAAGAGGGUCAGGACUCGUCUUAGUCCCACAACACCUCAGUGCACUCCGGUAGAACGGGAGCUUACCAAACAGAAAUACAGGCUGAAGGAGAUAGCAGACAUUUUGGAAAAACAACACAACCUGCUGAAGCUCGUAGUGCAAAAGAUGGAGAUCAGCUCAGAGGCUGAAGACCACGAUGGCCCGCCAGUCUUUCAAGAGCUGAAAGAGAAACUCCUCACUAGAAGCAAAUGGGGACCUCUGCUCAGGGCGGUUACUGCGAAAAGGAAAUGAGUUUGCAUCUUGCGUCACGUGUUAAGGUGGAAAAAGUUAUCAAGUUUUUAUUGACAGGACUUGCAUUUACACGUGGUAUUGUGUGGCUUAUAUUUUUCAGUAUUAACUUGCUUGGGCACAACAUUAAGGUCAAAACCAAAAACAAGCAAACCUUUACCGCAUUUGUUAUUAUACUAGUUGAAAUUUAAGGCCUGCUUUAUAUAACUGAAUGAGCACUGAUUCUGUCAUAACAAAACAAUAAAAUGGCAAACGCUUAGUUGCACACACCUGCAUGAAAACUCAUUGCUAUUUUCUAAUAAGGUCACAGUUUUUCAGAGCAGUGAUUUGAAUUAAUUAUGGAUUAUUAGCAAGGUAAACAUUUAAAAUAAAAAUAAAACACAACAAAACAGAAUGGUAAAUUGGUUAAGGUGAACAUGAAUAUCUACAGCUAAAAUAAGUCAGUACAGAUUAGCUCAGAUGCAGAAAUAAUCUUAGGAUUCUUUGGCCUUUUUGGUCUCUCCUUUUACUGUCAUUUUCUUCCUCUUGAAUCCAGUUUGCUCUGUUGGGAUACACAACUUUUAAUAUCAAAGGAGGUCAUUCUAGAGCUCAAGAUAUAUCACACAAAACAUCAGCUUCUGACCUUUGCCUGUCGUUUUAUUUUGCUCCUCUCUUUGAGCGGACUGUCUUGAAGAAUGUGAGGAGGUGGAGGAAGAAGAAGAGUUAGGGAGCUCCCUUCUCUGUCUGUGACCAUCCAGCAUGUUUACAUCCUGGGCAUUUCCUAGAGAAAGGGGUGUGGUUUAGUAAGAAGGGGAAGAGCACCUGCCUAUAUGGUUUUCGGAGGCAAUAUUACAAUUUCCAUUACCCGUCAGUUUUCACCUGUUUUGAUGAUUAGAGAUGCAUUUAGAGAGCACAAACAAAAUCAUAAAGCUUGUUAGUACAAAGCCAUGCAUUCAGGUAGAACUGCAGCCAAAUUUAACACUUGAGUUGAAGGACAUUAAGACAUUAAAUGGAAUAUAGAUAAGAAAAUGUUUAGGUACUUUAACAUGUACUUUUCAAUGCUCUAUAAAAUUUUACUUUGCAGGAGUUGUUAUAUAAUGCUUAACAGAUUGGAUGUUAAAUGUUAUUUAAUUGUUGUGUAUUAAAAGCAAGAAUGUUAAUAAAAGUUGCAAUAAUGCAUCAGCCAUUUCCUGAGGUGUUUUACGUUUAAAGUAUAAAAUACACCGAAUAAAUACGAAAUAUAAA